ACUUACCGACAAUGAAAUCCAGUUCAUCCAUCACUCAUGCUUCAAGCUCCCAACUUCACUAAAAUGGCGUCCGCGGCCUUUCCCACUGUUCCAUCCCCAACAAACUUCACCACCAUUAUUUCCCAUCACAAAGAACAAACCCAGAACUGGAAUGGCUUGAAAUUUGUGAGAGGCAAGAAACUCUUGAAGGAUCUUUGCACUUGGGGCAUUGGUGGCCCUUGCAAUUACUUUGUUCAAGUCUUAAACCAAACCCACCUCCUUUCUGCCAUCAGAUAUUGUCACGAGUUUUCCGUUCCAUAUGUGAUUGGCAAAGGGUCAAAUUGUCUCUUUGAUGAUCUGGGUUUUGAUGGUUGUGUGAUUCUAAAUCAGAUCGACUUCUUAGAGAGGAAUGAACCUGGAGUUUAUAGGGUUGGUAGUGGUUUUCGAUUUAAUCACUUGGGGAUUUUGAGUUGCAAUGAAGGAUUUACAGGUCUUGAGUUUGCAGCAGGCAUCCCUGGUACUGCAGGGGGUGCUGUUUACAUGAACGCUGGAGCAAACGGUCAGGAGACAGCCAAUUCCAUUGAAAGCAUAGACAUUGUUACAACCGAAGGAAAUUUUCAGACACUGAACAGAGUUGAUCUCAGUUUCAGCUACCGAUCAUCACCGUUCCAAGACAUGAACGACCUGGCAGCGAUUGUUUCUGUUACGUUCCGACUAGAGGGAUCAAUGUCAGCUAGGAAAAGGCAACAAGAGCUUUUGAAGAGGCGAAGAUCCACUCAACCUGUAAGGGAACGUAGUGCCGGCUCCGUAUUUCGAAAUCCGAGGAAUUUGGGUGUUUCGGCCGGUGAAUUGAUUGAGAAAGCUGGAUUGAAAGGGUGUUGCGUAGGAGGAGCAAUGGUGUCCAAUAUUCAUGCCAAUUUCUUCGUUAAUAAUGGUGACUGCACUUCUCAAGACAUGCUCAAUCUCAUUGCUUUGGUGACAAAAAUUCACAGCAAGUUUGGGGUUGAACUUGAGGAGGAAGUACUCUACUUUCAUCCCUACGGGAAUACUGUAUCAUCUGGGAAAGGUAAUCGAUAAUGUAUCUGCAUUGAUAAUCCUGGAGAAAUAAAUAAGUGUUUAAGCCUGUAUUGAUUGAGUGAUUGAAAAUAAGGCUUGCAUAUGCACGUUGUCGCCGUUCGACCAACUCGUGCAAAUAAAUGUAUUCGACACGUAUUACGCACGU